AUAAUAGCAAAGAAGUUUACCAAAGAACACGAAUGGGUAUCAUUCGAUUCCGACACUGGCAUUGCCACAAUCUCUAUCACAAACCACGCCCAAAAUAGUCUAGGAGACGUCGUUUUCGUUGAGCUCCCGACGGCUGGGGAGGAAAUUAAGGCAGGCGAACAGAUUGGUGCUGUCGAGUCGGUUAAAGCUGCCUCCGACAUUUAUGCACCAGUAUCUGGAGUUAUCGAGGAGGUAAACGAGCAACUUGACUCGGUCCCGAGCUUGUUGAAUAAGUCUCCAGAAGGCGAUGGGUGGCUUUGUAAAUUGAAAGCAACGAACCCGGCUGAGCUGGAUGCCCUAUUGACUGCUGAAGCCUAUGCGAAAUAUUGCGAGGGAGAGAGUGAGGAACACUGA